CAUGAGGCCAUAAUUCAGUCAACAAAGAAGACAACAAGGUUUCAUAGCAGAAAGCAUAACGACACGAAAAAGCUUAUCUACCAAUUUUAGCAGCAAUAUUGUGAGGCUCUAGUUUAGCCAAGAUAACAUGGCCCGGAACAGUAAACCUUGUUGUAGAAGAUACCAUAGAGUAUGAAGAAGAAGACAGAGCAUGAAGAAGAUGAAUAUCAGCGUGAUCUUGAAAUACUCAAGGCUGUGGCACAAGCAUGGCAUGGUCAUUCAGGAAGUUCAAGGUCUACCAAUGAAUAUGAUGCUUAUCGCCAAAAUUUUCAAAGCAAGCCUUCUCGGUUCAAGCUAGAAGCAAUGAACAAGUCAUCAGCCAAGAGGGUUGAGAGUGUAAGUUGGGAUUUCAAGCAAUCACUGUGGGAUUCCUAUGAGAUUGUGAACGUGUCCAACAGGUUGGAGAGAGAGCUUGUUUUGGAAGAUCCAUUUAGUGGGGUAGAUACUCAAAGAAGGGUGUAUAGUAAGAAAAGAGAGAGUAAGAACAGUCUUAGAAAAUUGUUUAAUGUCAUGUCUUCAAGGAGAUUCAAUGAGGCUGAAGUUCCUCGUGAAGAUAACAAUCAAUUUUGAUGUUGCAUUUUUACUA